AUGGAGCAGAUGGAGCUCCUUUCGGAGUCUGAGUCCAUGUCGGUCGACCUCCAGAUAUGUUCAAACAGCGAAAGUUUGAAGAGCUGGUCGCCGGAUGAGAGUGGGUCGGAGUCUCUUCAGGCGUCAGAUAUGCCAGAUAUUGACGUGGACCAGGCAAGUGCGACGCCGGUCGCAAAUUUUGGCAGCGGCAUGGCAGGUGUUGGAUGUGCUGAGCAGGCGGUCGAGCGUGUGCACAAGGCCUUCCAAGAACUUCUUCUGAGUAAGGUCACCACGCGGGCGGUCGCCAAGAGAUCGACGCUGCAGUUCGUGUCUGCGUGUGACGUAUCACGGGCCUGCCAGAAUCUUUUGAUGGGUCGGUCGGAACAUGUCUUUGGAGAUAUCAGGGAUGCCUUUCCGACUCUGGAAAUGCUAGGUCCUGACCGGCCGGUCGCAGAGCGGUGGGCACUGGCCAAGAGAGCAGCUGCCAACGUCCCAAGAACAUGUCGGUGUCAUGUUGCAUGCCGGCCACCACCCGUGACGGUCGACAUCAGCGGUAGCCCAUGCCAGCCAUGGUCGAAAGCUGGACAGAAGAGGCGCUGGACCGACGGUCGGUCUGACCUUCUCCUGCUAUGGGCUGCCCUUAUGUUGAAGCACGAGCCGCCGGUCAUACUGCACGAAAACGUGUUUGGCUUUCCCACGUCGGUCCUGGAGGAUCUCAUGCAGGAAAAGUAUGUCAUUCAUCACUUGCGGGAGACUCUAGAAGAGGAGAACUUCUGUCGCAGAGCAAAGGGUUUAGACAUGGUGCAGACGCCAAGCCGGUCGUGGGAAUGUCUGCUGACUGAGCAGCAGCAGAAAUACUUGGCAAAGUACCGUGAAACUUGGCAGCAGUGCCGAUCUGACAAAGAGCAGGAGCCGGUCUUUGAUCUCAGCCAAAACCCUGCACGUUUCCUUAAGAUGACUACAAAAGAUGGUCGCUUGCCAACUUUCCGCACGAAUACGAAAAUUUGGGUGGAUGGUUUGAGCCGAUGGCUUCUGCCGGUCGAAAUGGCAGCAGCAAUGGCAAUGAACUAUGGGGUCCUGGGGCAGCCCAACCGACAGCAGGUCGGCAACGGAAUGCAUGUGGCCAACUGUGGAGUAGUGUUGGCGGUCGCCUUGGCCUGUACGCGUUGA